GCCGUCGCCGUUGCCUUGUUCACCAGAGGCGAGGGACGACGGAGGUCGGAUCGAAGGAGGGGAGCGGUGGUGACGACUGCCGAGAAAAAAAAGGCUGUGGCUUCGCGCGAUUGUCGACGGCAAGGGGAUUGUCGAUCCCGAUCUCCUCGACGAUGGCUGCAGUAUCCUCCACUCCACUUUGGCACCAUUGUCCCACACGAUUGCUGACCAAGUGACCAGUGUCCGUUUUCUCCGACAAACUCGGCGUGGCCACAGUCCUCCACCGCCCUCCGCAUGGAAACGAACAAACCCCAUAAAACUAUAGCAGAGAAUGUACACUGGCAGGCUCACGAGUCCGAGGUGCAUGCACGCUCUUUUUUAUACACCUAGCGCCCCGACGCGCCUGUCUCCUACACGGGGCCCCGGCCCCAUCUGAUAUCUACGAUGCAACGUACGAGGCCGGCAAUGGCCACCCGCCGGCAAGUGGCACUGUUGCUACGUGUCGCCCCCGCGCGGCAAAGCGACGACACGGGCGGCAGCUCCGUCAGUCACCGAAGCCUUGGUGUCUCCUGCCGCCCACGCACCCUCUUUCCCGUGCUUCGUGUGCCCUUCGAUCGACACAGCUCGGCUGACCCCAUGAUAAGUAGCCAGCGAUGGCGAGGCAUUGGAAGUGACAGUUUUGAACACUGCAGCGUGCCAGUGCGUGUGUGAGAAAAAUCGCAGGGGAAGUGAGGAUGGAAGGGCACAUGUUGGGGAGGAUGAGGAGGAGGGAUCACCUGCUGCUCAUGGAUGCUGCUCCUCCUCCGGCGGCGGUGGCGGCGGCGGUGCAGACGCUGAUGGAGCCCAUGGAGUUCCUGUCCCGGUCGUGGAGCGUGUCCGCGUCGGACAUAUCCAGGGUGCUCACCGGCGGCGUCGGCGCGAGGCGGAGCACCAACUUCGUGGUGGAUCGCCUCUCCGGGAUGCUCAUGCCGGAGACGCUCGCGCUCGCCGCCGCCUCCAGCACAAACCUGAGCCCCCGCAAACGCUAUUCCAGGUGCAGGAGCGCCAUCUCCGCGCACCAGCACACGAUCGGGAGGUGGUUCCACCACAGGGACGGGAGCAGCAGCAGCAGCAGCAGCAGGGUCGACAAGGCCCGCGCCGAGCGGGCGCGCGUGCACGCCGCGGUCACCGUGGCGAGCGUGGCGGCCGCCGUCGCGGCCGUGGCCUCCGGCGCGGCGAACGACCCGGACGACCUCGACGACGCCAAGAUGGACGCCGCGCUGGCGUCCGCCACACAGCUGCUGGCCUCGCACUGCAUCGAGAUCGCCGAGCUCGCCGGCGCCGACCACGACCAGGUCGCCUCCGCGGUGGAGGCCGCCGUCGACGUGCGGAGCCCCGGCGAUCUCAUGACCCUGACCGCCUCCGCAGCCACAGCUCUGAGAGGAGCGACGGCGCUGAGGCUGAGAGCGCAGCGGGAGGCGAGGAGCAAGGUGGCGGCGGUGGCGCCCUACGAGAAGACCGGCAGCUGCCGCGGCGACAUAUGGUGCAAGGAAGGGACGCUCCUGAAACGCAGCCGGAAAGGCGCUUUGCACCGGAAGCGCGUGGCCGUCUACAUCAACAAGAAGUCGCAGGUGAUCGUGAAACUGAAGAGCAAGCACAUCGGCGGCGCCUUCUCCAAGAAGAAGAAGAGCGUCGUGUACGGCGUCGACGACGACGUGCAGGCGUGGCCGGCGCCGCACGCGUGCGGCGGCGGCGCCGUGCCUCCUGCUCCGGAGACGGCGUCGUCGGAGAAGUGCCAGUUCGGGCUGAGGACGGCGCAGGGCGUGGUCGAGUUCCAGUGCGAGAGCAGGGCGCAGAAGCAGGACUGGGUGGAGUCGGUGAAGAAUCUGCUCCGGCAGGCGGCCGGCGGGACGGCUCAGCUCGAGCACUCCUUCGAAUCUCUCCGGCUUAGCGCCUCGUAAAACGUAAAAACCCAGUGAAUUCGUUUUCGUUUGCUGUAAAAUUUACCUGUCGAGACCCCGACUGCCCGUUCAUUUUAUCGCAAAGGGAGCAGCCGAGACGUUUCAGUGUUGGAGCUGAAGAAUAAAUGUGCAUACUUGUAAUAACAUGAAUAAUUUGUAUAAGGAUCAGUAGAUAAA